GGCUUACAACCUGCCCCUCCACCAGCACACCUGUCCAUGUUAAGCCAGGAUGCGAACAGGUACGGAGUUCCCCCUUCGUAUCCUUCCCAAGUCGCCUCGCUGCCGCAGUGGCGAAACGAUCCACCAGGCCUGCGUGAAAUGCGGUGCGCGAGCCAGCUGCCUUUCCAGCAGUCGGUGAUGGCCGCUGCUUACGACGGACAGCAGAUGCUGGGGUCCCCUCAACCCCGCGCAAUGUCCUCUCCUUUCAGCGGUUUCACAGCUAGAUCGGUGCCUCCUCCAGGAUUCACAGCAACGUUGCUAGGGGAAGACGACGACCUGGAGUGCGGUGUCAACAGAAGCGGGGCGGGGUUUGGGGUGAACGGUGAUCGCCGAGCAGAUCAGGAGCGGGAGCACGACAACGUUGCAAAGGGGAGGUGUGGUGACGCAAGUCACGAAUUUGGACGCUAUGAACAAUGCGACGGGGGACAUGUGCCGACUAUUGACACUUCCAAUUCUUCUCGACCAGCGGCGGAGAGGAGUGGCCAUGCAACGCCCACGCAGGGGCAGCGGGCAGAUGCUGGCGAUGUGCCUGCCGCGGCGGUGCUCCAACAACCAUCUCCAUUUGCCCCCGCCACGGGAGCCGGAGGCUGCGCGGAUGGAAGCACUGUCAUGCAGGGCACGGAUGCAGGAGGCGUUCGUGGCAGGGCAAGUGUGCAAGCUCCUCCCGCGCAAAAAAAAGUUCAAAGGUCGCUAGAAGAGUGCUUGGCUCUUGUUAGGAUCCAGCGCGAAGACGACGCUCUUAUGGCGGAUGCGUCGAGUGUGCACAAGCUAAAGAAACAUGGGGAAAGACGGGAGUGGAUCGCCCGUCGGAUGAGGGAUGAAGGGUGGAAUCGAUCUGCGGAAGACUGCCGGAAGAAGUGGUUCGCGUUGGGGCAGAAGUUGAAGGUGCUCGCAGACAAGGACGGGGACAGUUCGGCGAGAGGAUCAAGUGACAGAGGAGGUUCGGACCGGGAGAGGUCUGAUGGCAACGCUAGCGCCGGUAAGACGAGACGCACGUCCAGUAGGAGGGUGAACGAUGGGGAUGGGACUUCGUCCAUGUCAGGGAUGAGUGUGACACUUGCAGAAUCAACGAGGGUGUACUUCGACGGGCUGGACAAGGCGGCAGCGACGAUAGCAGAAGCACAGACAGCGGGGGCAACGAUGGUGGCAGGGAGGCUCGGUGACAUGGCCACGCAGAUCGGGGCAGUGGCCACUGCCAUGACAGAAGGCAACGCUGUCCUUCAGCUGCUACUGGGUGUGAUGGCGAUGGUCCGUGAGCGGAUCGACGGAAAGGAGGUCGUCAUUCAGGAGAUGAGGUAUGAGAGAGGGUCGGAACUGGAGCGAGAGACGGAGUGGUGUCCCGAUGUCCACACGGUCCACACGCGCGUGUACUAUGCCCUCGUCAACGGCCUUAUGGCGAUGAGGAUGACGGUCGGCCUGGGGUACAACGUCGAGGACAACCUUGCGGAGGUCGUCUUAUCGGUGAAGAAGUUGUCGGAGGUUGUCCCCAACAAUUGGGUGCUCCCGAACAGUGACGUUGUCGGCGACGUAGUCAGGUACCUCAUGUCAGCCAUCGCCGAGGAACACCUUGCUAUCAUGCGAGGAGAUGUUUCGUACGUGGCGCACAUGGAGCCUCGGCUGGUUGGCAGACCGUACCUUCACGGAGCGGUGCAAAUGUGGUGCCCCGAUGACGACCUCAGAGCUGUGCGUAACAGGUGGUAGGAUGCCGAUGCGGAUACGGUUGAUAGGGAGGCCAGUUCAAUGACUCCGGUCCUUUGAGCAGACGGUCGGUAAAUGGACAGAAGAAGACACGGGAGUCUGUCAAAGUGCUUGACCAUUGGAGGAGCAUCUCCUGGCCAUCGGAUUUGUAUUAUUGGAUACCCCUGUCGUGAAAUGUGGGUUCCAGAUGCCAGUAUACAGCUACAACUCCCCCCUCCUCCCCUUAUGUUCCCUGUCCUUCUCUCCCUCAUCUUCCUUGGCUAGAUUUUUGCAGGAUGGGGAGUCUCUACAGAAUCAUUCUGUCUAGGCUUUUGUCUCCAAGAUCGUGUUUCGAUUCUCUUGCUUGCCCCCUCUUUUCCUAGUUUGGUAGGCAAUGGAGUACAUCUUUGUUUCUGAUCAUUACGAUUGCUUUUCAUGAGACUAUUUACGGAACGUCGUGGGCGAGUGUGCCUCAAUCCCCUCCCCCUUGAACAUCAUGUUGGGUGCCUUUUUGCUCAUCUUUUGUGAAUUCUCUUUUUGCUGGAUGUCAUUUGCCCUCUUCUAUCCGUAUCUUUUUUUCUCUCCUUUUCUACUCCCUCAGCUUUUCUUGGGCUUCGCUCCACCACUCGCCGAACUUUGUUUCCUGUAACGAGUACUCACCACCGGGCUUUUCUCACCGAAAGGCAGCCGUCGCUCCACCGCUCACUACACUUGAGCGUGUACCGCACAGGACAAGGCUGGGGCUGGGUGGGCCCGGUUGGGACGGUGAGUUACUCAGCACUUUUGGUGGGCGGCCGAGAGGAGGGACCACCAUCCCACCAUUGCAGGCGGGUAAAAGGGAAGCCUUAGUGAAUACUCGCCACAGCUGUGUUACCUUGAGAAAAAGAACUUUUUGUGCCACUCUGGCCGUGCUGAGUGAUGGAGCAACAAUGUUCCCGUUCACCAAAACUCUACUGUUGCAAGGGGUGCAGUGAGGCCCUUUUCCUAAUUUAAACCACCAGGACUUUGGAGGUGGAUUUUAGCUUUGCUUAAAUUGCCGUUUCUUAUAGAAGUUGUCAUAUUGGAGAUAGUAUCCUUACUCACAUUAGCUCCUCUUCUUUUUUUUUUUUUUUUUUUGCAUCUUAUAAAUAAAAUGAUAAUUCUCAUUAUCAUGGAUUUUUCUACUCAAAUACAUAUUGAAAUCAAUGUGAUAAAAUGAG